CGGAAAUAGUCGACUGGUUCCGAAGGUCGGCGAAGCGUUGGUUACUUAGCAACCCGCGUGUUUCGGGCAACCCGCUCUCAUGGAUGAUGAUGAGCAACAUGGAAUUGUUGUCGGAAGAAUUUUCGAAAGCAAAACUGCAGAGACGUCGAGACAUCGAGGAAAAAAGACGAGCGAGGAUUUUCGCUGAUAAAGUUCGCACAAUUGGGGUUGACAAGGAGUUCCUCGACAGGCAGGUUGCUGAGAAGAUAGCGAGGAAAAAGGCAGAAAAGAAACAAGACGACGCCGAUGAUGCUGCCAUGUUGCAGAGUAUCAAACAAGCUGUCCUGCUGCAUCACCAACAAGAAAAGGCCAAACGUGCCACGGAGAAGGAGGUGGUGGACUAUCACCAUCAGUACCAACAGGGUUUCGGCCCGGACGACUUGCAUGUGGGGGAAGCACAUCUGAUGCUUCCUGCUCUCCUGGGUGAGGACCCUGACAGAAGCGGGCGAGUGCAGCGGCAGAGAGAGCAGCUGAAAGCGUGGCUUUACCAGCAGCGGGACGAACAAGCUGAGGAAAAGCAAAGACGGAAGAUGGAGAAGUUGCAGGACGACCGACGUAGGAUAGAGUUGGACAAUGAAGCCCUCGAAGUGCAGAACCUUCAGUUCGAGAGGAGGAAAGCGGCAGCGUUCGCAACAAAAGAAUGGAAUAAGAUGAUGGUAAGUCUUCCCUCAAGAAUACUUACAUUAAAAAAUAAACGCUCUACCUUGUACAUGGUUGUUGUUUGGAUGACACAGAGAGAAGAAGACCAUGGUCAGGAAAGUGACAAGGACAUGGAAUACAAGGUCGGCAUGAUGGGAGCCCCUGGUCUUUGUCCCAGCAGCGACAGGAAGCCGCCUCCUGAGAGUUCGGAGAAAAUCACUGAAUUCCAGCAGCAUCAAAUCGAAGCAAAAAGGAGAGCGGAAUUGGAGAAGAAGAAAGAAGAGUUGCGACACGAUGGCGUCCGGCUGGACACGGCUCGUAGUGCUGAGCUCAUGGAAAGGCAGCAGGCCCGAUCCAGGAAGCAGCAACGACGACAUGUGGAUGUCACCAACCAACAUCUGGCUGCAUCACAGAAGCACAGGGAAGUGGGCAUCAAAAGAGGACACAUCGAUGAAAGCUUCUUCUCCAAAUUCAACACCAGCAGCCGCUAAUUCACAAGUCAACAAGUUGGGUACGAGUCAGUCGGAUUUGUUCCACGAUAUAAUGCAAGUGUGCGAGUUGCUUGCUGUCGUCGUGCGGGUUCAGUGGACCACCCAGGAAGGACAUGCUUUUGAGCAGGUUUGACUUCUUUAUUUUGGAAUAAAGCUUGGCUGCAGUUUCGGA